UGUCAACUCUUUCUAUUGUCCAAUCAUUAUGCACACUUAGAUCAAUCAAGACAUAUUACCAAUUUCCUAUUGCCAUGUAUUUCUUUUAGACAUGACUCCACCCUGAAAACCUAUUGCCUUCUUGGAACUUCAAUUAGCCAUUAGCCUAACAAGAGGUGUAAUCUUGGAUGCUAUUAUUUAUUAACUUUGAAACAUAGCAGAAAUAUAAGUUAUUUAAUGACGUCACUAUAAAUUACUGACAAAUAUAUACAUAUAUGUAAUAAAUUUUAUCCAUUCAAUUUUUAACAGGAAUAAAGGAGGAAUGAAAAACUCCACCACUAUAACUCCGCUCUCUAGGGUGGUCCAUUAGUGUCUCCAUGGAAUCCUUCAUUAAUCGUUUCUUUCCCCAUAUAUUACUCUCGGGUCUAUAACAAUUAUAUACGAAAUUAAAUGAUCUUACAAACUAGCGACACAAAGCAAGACCAAAAGAGAGAGAGAGAGAGAGAGAGGCGAUGGGAGAGGUGACGCCGGAGAUGGAAAGGAUCUUCAAGCGCUUUGACACUAAUGGCGACGGGAAGAUCUCCUUAGCUGAGCUCGCAGAAGUCCUUCGAACGCUAGGCUCCACAUCUGCUGAUGAUGUGAACCAUGUAAUGGCUGAGGUUGACAUCGAUGGCGAUGGGAACAUCGAUUUCAAAGAGUUCGUGGCCUUUUGUCUUGCUAACCCGGGCCUUAUGAAGGACAUUGCUAAGGUCUUUUAGGUUUUGUU